AACCCCUUUGCCAGAAGCACUUUGCACCCUCAGUAUGAUGACUGUUUUCUUGGAGACACUUUUUUUCUCUUGAAUUCAGGAAAUGAUUCACAUAUGCCUGAAUCUCCCAUGUGCCACUCAGAGAUUGGAUAUCGCGCUUCCCAAAGUGGCUCCAACUUGAAAUCAAAGGAAAAUACCAGAGUAAUUUGUAAGCGCUGCAAGACAAUGCUGGGAGAGACCGUAUCAUCAGAUACCAUUAAAUAUUAUGUCACCGAGGUGAUUAUUCAACCAUCUGAGGCAAGUUUCAGUCCAACACCGAGGUGUCAGUUUGUGCAGAGCUUGGUUGCUCAGUGUCUUGUGGAAUUGUCCUCUGCUAAAAGCACGUUUAGAUUCACUGUAAAAGGGGAUAAUGGAAAAACCUAUAUUCUGAUAUGGCUUUUAAAUUCUGACACAUUGCUGGUGGAGUCUCUAGGAAGUUCCUUCUCCAGCAGUGUUUUUACACUGUUUGGAGAUAUUUUCAUGCCUAGCUCUGGACAAGUGGGGACCUGGAAUGCUGUCAAAGUCCUUUACCAGCCGUGCAUUAAAAGCAGGAAUAAGGACCUUGCUGAUGCAUGGGAAAAUGAUAUUGGAGUUCAUCCAAUAAAGUUUCCAUCAGAAACAUGUUUGGAAUUACUGCUGAUACUGGGCUUGAGUACCACCUCUCUGCCACCUUCACUUCGAUACAUGAACUCUUUUCAGGUUGCCUUUUUGAAGAUGUGAGGAAUGCAGAUAUCUGUGUUGAAAGCUAUUCUCAAAUUCAUUUUCAGCAGAAAUAUACGGAUGACUUCCAAUAGUAUGACUUCUAGAAAGAAAUCCACUGGCAAUACAAAACAAAAUGAGGGUGUGGUGUGUUAUUCUUCAUAUCUGGAUGUCUUUCAAAACCAAAGACAGAGUGAGUUAACUUCUGAGUCCAGUAAAUUCUUAGAUGUCAUUUUAAGAGUGACUUACCUGUCACUGCUGUCACUCCAGCUGGGAUGACUGUUGUGAUCUCUUCAUUGCCAAAAAGAAAUUAUCUAUCUAUCUUAGUACUAACUUUAUCAGACGGUGUUUGAUAAUGACCUAUAUGUCCUUAGGAAAAUUCAAAACUGGUAGCAAAAAGAGGUUUUAAAAUAUUUAACAUCAUGGGUAAUGACAUAAAUUGUUUACUUUCUUUGUUCUGGUAAAGUUAGAGGUCCAACAUUAAAAUGUAAAAUCUGGGUUUUGUCAAACUUGUAUGUUUAUCACGUAUAUUGUUUCCACAUUAAGGCUUACCUUCCUUCUUGAGAGGGAAGGAAGACAGUUUCUGUAUUCCUACACCUCAUGUAGAAUUUUUUUUAAACUGAUAAUGUUUUGGAGAAUCAUGGUUUUAUGGUUACUUGGAAUAGUUAUUCCUUCAACUUCAAAAAAGAGCAUGUAUGUGAAGGCUGGCCUAGCAGAAACUGCUGGAGGUGAAAGAUCCUUGUAGCAAGUCAAUACAGCUACUCUAAAUUGUCAUUCUCUGCUGUGGCUGCUCAGCUGCCUUCCAUGGGAGCCACAGCGCAUUUCCGUGGAACGCAGAAGCUGUUACUUUUCUCAGUUUCGGAGUGGAUUGCUCAUGUAGCUGACAGCAAUUUUUGCCUUCUCUUGUCCAGGGGAACAGAAUGAUGUAAGUGCAUAGGCUGAGGAGCAGAAAAGAUGCCUCCUGGCGCUUUUGCCUCAAUUCCUGCUCAUUGGGGCAGACUGCUCUUGAGCUAGAAGGAGAUGAUCCUUUAAUAUCAACCAUCUCACUUGGACCCCUCUUCCCCCCAGGGUCUUCUCCCAUAUCUGCCUCGCUUAUCUGCAGUUUUCCUUACACAGCUGCUCUUGGAAAAUCAAUCAGGUACUGGGAUGGUUCAUCUCACC